GACAAUUACAAUAGAACGCGUAGAUAAAAUUAAAUUUUAUAUCUUGGCUUGUAUUGCCGUUGACAACCCUGUUGUGCUCAGCUAUAGGACCAAACAGUUGGUUUUUGCCAAUGUGGCAACGUUGACGGUUCCCCUCGAAAGCAUUUCGUUUCCACGUUAAAUACGCAGAACAAUAUUUUCUUCCAAUGGGGCGAAGUAAAUUCGUCGCAUCUGCGCCAAAAAAGGUGAUGCAGCACGGGGAGUUUAUAAAUCGUAUACGAAAAACGCUUUACUAUGGAGGUGUGGACACAACGGAGGCGGAUAUGGAAGUUUCUAUGCCUUUUGCCGAGUAUGCCGCUGAUCUGUUCUCGGAGCCACAUCGCGGCCACUCACUGCAUCGUUUGAGUUCCAUUGCGGCUGGAAAAACCCAUGCAACACCAUGCUCUCUCAUAAUGGCGCUGAUCUACUUAGAUCGACUGAAUAGCCUGGAUCCGGGCUAUGGCUACAGAAUCACGCCACAAGAACUAUUUGUUGUGUCAUUGAUGAUAUCAACGAAAUUCUAUGCCGGCCACGAUGAGCGAUUCUAUUUGGAGGAUUGGGCAAAAGAAGGCAGCAUGGCCGAAGACAAACUCAAGCAACUGGAACUCGAGUUUCUGACAGCCAUUGACUGGAAGAUAUACAUAUCGAACGAGCAAUUCUUUGAAAAGCUUAGCAGCGUGGAACGAACGCUGGCCCAGCGCGAGGGAUUACGACGCGGCUGGCUAACCUAUAGUGAACUGAUGCAGCUGUUGCCCAGCUUUACUCUAAUGAAAUUUUUGCUAAAUAACCUGGCUGUUAUGGCCUUGAGCUAUGCGGCAAGUGUGUUUACCAUUGCGGGCGCAUUUUUCAUUGCAAGCCAGCUGCCGGGCACGCUCUGGCAUCGGGCACGCGCCGACACAACUAAUGCCACAGCAACGGUAAACACUCAAACGCUCAAUCCACUGUCACCCAUUGUUACGCCCAAUGUUACUGAUGCUGCGCCCGUUGAACUAUCAGUUCGAGCUACAGCACACAAUGACAGUUGCAAUGCUUUAAAUGUGGAAGCCGAACUCAUGAAACUGGAGCAACAAUAUUGCGACGAGGAAAGACUGAUUGCACUGCAACGCAGGCAACGCGAGGAGCGACCGCCCAAUCCCUUGUUACCGCCAAAUUAUCGAAUGGAAUAUGCUACCAAGCAGCAGGACAACACACAGCAUUGGCUUAACAUCAAAUCGCAGUAUAGUGAGCAGCGCCAUCCGAUAAAGAAAUUGGGCCAAAAGACAUACAAUUGGAAUGAAGCUAAGAACACCUCCGUAUUUUGGCAAGUCUUAAGCGAAGCGAUCUCUCAUCAGUCGUUCUUGGUGCGCUGGCCGGAAUUGUGGCCCAAAUUAAUUUAAAGUGCGAUCUACAAUUUUCCCUUCAGCUCCUUUUUUUAUUAAGAACAUAAUCUAUUCAGUUUUUUAUCAAUUCAUAAAUGCAAGCGCAAUUCUUUCAAUUGGGUCAAAAAUCAAUUUUGACUACAAAUAAAUUAUAUUUUUCCAACAAUAUUAAUAUUUAUAAU